AAAAAAUCAACGAGAAAUACUAAUGAAAAUAGGUUACUAUCCUGUUACUAUAGAUCAUGAUUGAUGAUGAGGCUAGUUGUUGAGUAAAAUAUUAAGGUUGUAAGUUCUCUUCUGUGUGUAGUGCUAGGUCGACCUAAUGAACCUAAUGGACCAAAUGUUCAGACUGAACAAGAUCUUGAGGGAUUUAAAAUGAAGAGUUUUGAUGAAUUGUUUGCUUUAAACCAAGCAGCUGCAGGUCGUCUUCAAGCAGUUGCUGAACCAGCUGUACCUGCUCUAACUCCAGCUGUUGCUGACCCAGUCGCUCCAGUAGUAGCUGCUGUAACUGGAGCAGCUGUUAUACCGCCAGCAUUAAGGAAGGAAGGUAGAUCCCUGGCUUCAGGUUGGUCAACCCAAGCCUCUACAGUUCCUGGCAGGUUUUCAUACGUUGUCAACUCUGUUCAUCCAGUUCCUGAGGAGAAGCCAGUACAACCUAAUUACAAUCAAGAACCAGUGGAAGAGUUUGAUCCAUUUAUAUCUGUGAAAUCAAACAACAACGUUGAAUAUCCUCUUUCUACUGUUGGAUUUAGAUUGAGAGGAAACUUUGGAUAUUAUGGAUACUCUCAAUACUCUGGAUACAAUGGAUACCCUGGAAGCCCUGGAUACUCUAGAUACUAUGGAUAUCCUGAAUUCACUGGAUUCCGUGGAUACCCCGGAUACACUGGAUACCCUGGAUUUGGUGCAAUUCGUUGGUAAAACUGCGAAACUGUCAUAGAAUAAUCUGCACAACUCUACCACUGUACAUGGUUCAACCCUACCCAUGCAAACAACAUCACAUGGUACAAACCUAACCAUGUACAUGAUACAAACCAAUCAACCCUGCCUUAUUCAUGCAAAUCUGCUUGUAAUGCAAUAAAACAUUAUUAUGAAAAUCAAUUUUUAGAUCUUGAAAUAUAUCUAUAUAUCUAUA